AUAUAAUGAAGGAACAGGCUUCUUGAUGGAUCCAAUCAAAAAUACCUCUUAUGAUGCAGAUCCGGAGAACAUCAGUCAUCCAGCCUAUGAGACCUUCCAGUCGGAUUUAUUUGCCAGGAAAUGGAUUGCUUGCUGCAGAGCAGCUUUGGAUUGCUGCAGCAGAAUGAUAUCGGACCCCAUGCUGAAUGUAACUGAUACGCUUCAAUGUCCUCGCACAUGGGAUGGAUGGCAAUGCUGGUCAGAUACACCAGCAGGGCAGACGGCAGAAAGUCUCUGCGAAAGUCACAUUUAUUUCAUGAGUGAUCCUCCACCUUGUCCCAGAUAUGUCUCGAAGCAAUGUUUACCUAGUGGCUCUUGGUAUGUCAACGAACUGAAUAGUGAAUGGAGUAAUUACAGUGGAUGUGGAAGAAUUCAGGGUAUUCGCAGGCUACAGUAUUUCCACAUCGUCACAUAUGCAGUGUCUAUAUUGUUCCUGAUACCAGCUCUAUUCAUUUUUGUCAUUUACAAGCAACUUCAAGUAUAUCGGAUUACAAUGCACAAGAAUUUGUUCACAGCUUUAUUGAUGAAUGCUCUUGCAUGUAUCAUCUUCAAAAGUUUUGUCAUUUUGGAUGAGCUGAAUCAUUCGAGUGACAGACGCACCGUUCUGGAAAACAACGGAAUUGGAUGUAAAGUGUUGUACAUCAUCACCAAAUAUACGCGAAUGACUACCUACAUGUGGAUGUUUUGCGAAGGCUUUUAUCUUCACAAGCUCAUAGCAGCAUCUUUUGCAGAACAGAAAUCUUUGAGGAUGUUCUAUUUCAUCGGUUGGAUUUUUCCUCUUUUCCCAGUGGGUACAUUUGCUCUUCUCAGGUGGUACUUCGCUGACGAAGAGUGCUGGGCAGUUCCCGUAAACCCUUACGAGUGGGUGACUAACAGCCCAAAUCUCCUGAGUCUCAUG